AUGGAGAAUAUUAAUGAAAAUUAUUAUACAGAAGUAAUUGAUGCUUUACCGUAUAGACUAUUAGCAUACAUGUACAAACAUAACGAUGCUAGCCCCAUAACGUCAUCUUUAACCAAGUGA